AUGAACACGGUCAUCGUACUGGACGCACCGAAUCGUCCACGACGACAGCAGAAUGCUGGAGAACAGAACGACAGAAUACUCGAGCUCCCAGACAGCAAUGAUCCCAGUGUGCUGAGGAAGAUCGUGCGGCGGCAAGCAGCGCUCGCGUCGGCCCAAAGCCGGAAAGACACCAUCGCCGCUCUUCGAUCCAAGCGUGGACGACGACAUGGACCCAAUCGAGACGCAAAGGAACGGUCCACGGAAGUUCCAGUAUCUGCUCAGGACAUAGUGGCAAAGGAAAAGGCUUCACCGACCACGCUCGAGGUCGGCAGGAGACAGAUCGACCCAUUCUCCAUCUUACCCAUCGACUUCAACGCGAUAAAGGAUCCGAAUCUCCUCCACUCGCUCUUCACCUUCUGCACAGAUGUGGUCGCUCCUUUGAUGGAUCUCCGCCUACCCAUCAGGCCUGAGCUGACCGGCGGACAAUGCUUCACCUGGAAGAUCAGCCUCCCGGCCACCGCGCUCAGCUCUCCGCCCUCCUUCUGGGCACUGGUCAUGGGCGCGAGCUGUGCAGUAUCCCUGUGGCAGUUCAAACACCCGACUGAGUCUCCGAUCGUCAUGACAUUGCGACACAAAACCAUUGAAUGCGUCAACAAGGAGCUCGCUUGCAUGAAAGAUCCCAAUCCUGACUUGGGCCUCUUGGGCGCGAUAGCACUUCUGGGAGCUUAUGAGAGGACCUGGGGUACCCGAGAAGCAUGGAAAGCGCACCAAAAGGGAAUGAAGACACUGUCAGCGUUCAUAGGAAAAGCAGGCGGACAAACGGAGAUGGCGACGGCAAUAUUCGCCUUUUCCGAAGAAGACAACGUCCGUGAGGAGACGCCAGAACUGGAGCUCACAUCGGAUGACGGUAGUGGCUUCGUCAAGAUGCGGAAAGUAACAUACCUCAAUGUCAGUCUCAGCAAACAUGUGCUGGCGUGUGGUGAGAUCGAUUCAGCAACAGACAUCGUUGAGAAGGCAGAGAUGAUUCGCAAUACUGCGCAAGGCUUGCUGUUGUUCAGAGCUACCAGUAACCUGACGGAUAUCAUGGCGAUUGACCCAGCCCGAGACCGAGACGGCGAUCGACUCAAUCUCGUAAUGCAUCUCAUCCUCCAGAGCGCAGGUGUUUCGAUGCUGCAAUUCCUUUGCGGAGAGGGCGAGGAGGCCAGCAUUGCGACGAUCGACAUUCCGAGCAUGUGCAAGCAGGCAGUAGAGCUGGCGAAAGAUGUCUCAAAGGCGCAGCUGUAUGACGAGAUCCUGCUGUGGUCGAUGAUGACCAUCUGCGCUCUGAACAGAGUCUCAGCAGACGAUGGGCUGGAUACAAUUGGUGUUUUGGCACAUCGCCUGGACAUGGAGUCGCUAUCCAGCGGCGCGUGGGAGCGGUUUCUUCGGACUUUUGUGUUCUUGGAGUCUGCGCGGCAGCAGUACGAGCAGCUCUGGUAUCGGGUCAUGCUGCUGCGCGAUCGCCAGCUGCUGCAGAGUUCGGAGGAGAAUGAGCUUGCGGAUUAUACGUGCGCAGCUCAGUGA